AUGGACGUGGACGUGGGGGAAACGCCGACCUAUGGACCGGACCUGCCCCCGCGCACCGGGGGCCAUGAGCUGGAAGUGCUGGAAGUGCAGUUGGCACAGCGGGCGCAGAGGCGUUUAGCGCAAAACGCCGCUGCCGCACGAGUGGGUGACGCACUGGUGCAGCUCGAAGAGGCCGACUUGGAGGAGACGGCAGUAGCAGAUGUGAUCUCCAGUGACGAGGAUGACCUCGCGCUGGUCGCACCUGCCAGUCCUGCACCGUCUCCCAGACAGCGAUCCAGGUCACGGUCCAGAGCCUCCGCGGCAGUGGCCGCGGGGACCGCGGAUGAUGUGGUGGAUUUGGAGUCGCCGGCGGAGAUGCCAGCAUUGCCCAGCUUCUACGUGCACACCUUUGAGUAUGGCGAUGUAGCCAGAUGUUGCAUGGCUUGCCGCGAGUUCUUCCUUCCUGGGCAACUCCGACUCGGUGUUCUCUUGCAGUCUUCCACCGAGGAGGCCUCUGAGGCUUUGUGGAUGCACGCGCCCAGAUGUUUGCGUCGAGGGAACUUCGAAGUGACCUUGUUGGAGAGCGUGGCCUUUGAUUCAGAGCUGCAAGAUCAGGUUCGUGCGCGGGUCCUGGAGGAGUUGGCGGCCCUCCACGCACGCCACACUGAGGCACGCUGGCCUGGUCAGGCGCCCCCGCAGCUUCAGGCGACCAAGCCAUGGCAGUGUCAACUCAGAGCCGAGGAGGCGACCGGUCUCACCUGGUCGAUGGUCCAUGUGCCGCUCCCCGUGGUCACCUCCUCUGCGGCCUCGCGGCCCGGCCUCGCGGCGCGGGCGGCGCGCCGCAGCGCGCAGCGCUCGCCGCUGCAUGCGGCGCUCGAGGCGCGCUGGGCGGUGAUCGAUGCGCAACUGGAGCGCGCUGGCAGUGAGGAACUGGUGGAAGAGACCUGGGGUCCUUUUAUGUUCACUGUUGGAGCUUGCUGCAGAUCACUUGCCAAGGUGGACAAUCUCAUGGAUUUAGUCCCAUGCCAACGACUGGAGUCGCACUGUGCUGAGCCCUGCGCCGUGUGCUAUGAGGACAUGGUGCUUGGGGAGGAGGUCCGACGGCUGCCGUGCUUACAUUAUUUCCACAAGGCUUGUAUCGAUCGCUGGAUGGCAGUGAAGGCCACCUGCCCAUUGGACAACCUCAACGUGAGAGAGAUGAUCGCAAAACAAGGGGAAGCUGGAGCUGCAUCUUAG